UGUCGUGUCGCCAUUAACGUUGACUAACGGGACGGUAGAAAUGACUUUUGUCGCACAAAGCCAACGAGAUCCGAACGGAAACUACAUCUUCUCCAGUCGGCCCCGACCGGUGGAGACCCGCUCCAAGUUCAGAGAGCCUCCGCCUGACCAGUCACCUUAUGGAAACAUUAUGUACGACCGUCGCGUUGUCAGAGGAAACACUUACGCCCAACACAUCAUACCAACUCCGGCUCAGCCGGACCCCGUUGAGGUACAAAGACAACAGGAGAACAGGAGGAGAGCCAUUGCUCGGAAACGAGCCAGGGAAGAGUUAAGAACCAGGUCGGCAGAGGCCCUGCAGGGCAGAAAACACAUCGAUGUACAAACAGAGAAUUAUCUCGAAGAAUUGGGUGACAUUAUAGUGGCUACAGAUAUCGAGUGCCAGACUGAUGCUUUCCUGGACAGAGCAGCAAGCCCACUCUUCAUCCCGGCCAAAUCUGGUAAAGAUGUAGAAACCCAGAUAGAGGAGGGAGAGUUGUUUGACUUCGACAGGGAGGUGCAGCCAGUGUUGGAGGUCCUGGUCGGAAAGACAAUGGAGCAGUCUCUCUUGGAGGUGAUGGAGGAGGAGGAGCUGGCCUGUCUGAGGGCCCAGCAGAGGGCCUUCGAAGAGCUCCGGAAUAAUGAGCUGGCAGAGGUGUUGAGGCUUCAGGAGCAGGAGAGACGCCACAGGGAGGAGAAAGAGCGCAGAAUUGCCCAGCAGAAAGAGGUGCUGAAGGAAGAAAAAGAGAUUGCAGAGAAGAUUGCUGCCCGGGCGUACACCAAGCAGUUCUUCUCUGAUCUCCUGCUGACCGUCUUUACCUCACUGAGAAGCCACGGCUACUUUUAUGACCCUGUGGAGAAAGAUAUUGAGACAAAUUUCCUCCCGUGGCUGAUGGUUGAAGUUAACAACAGUUUGGAGAGGAGAUACACAGCAAGGAACCUGCUGGACAAUAUCAUCCACGAUGUCGUCCACAAGAGGCUGGAGAUGUGCAGAGAGACACAGUCCAAGUGACUCACUGAGCGAGGUCCAGGACAUGGCGGCAUUCUUAAAAACUAAAAUGUUUUUUUACUGACUAAACUACCGCACAAGUCAUUUGUUUCAAUCUUAAAAGAUAUUUUAUUAUUCUCAUGACUAGCAGGGAAUUUGUGAAAUAGUGGGAAAUUCAAUGCAAUUGUGUACUAUCCUUAUACCUAUAAGUUAUGUGUUUGUUUAUGAGGAGAUCUUCCUCACAAGAUGCAAAGUCACUUCUUAUUGUCUUCAACUAUAUACCUACACUGUACAGCAGUGUGAAGUUCCUUUCAUUGCAAAACCAAUACAACUGUGAUGAAAAGAUGUGGUAUGCAUUGCAUGAAGAGAUUUGUUGUAAGUCUACAGUUGGCUGCCGAUGGAAGAUCUGACGUUCUUAAACGCAAAGAUGUUGCUGUU